GGGGCGCGCGGGCAGAGGGCGCGGCGGGAGCUCAGCCGCUCGCUGGGACGCGGGAGGGCGCGGGGACGCGAUGCCGCCCGCGCCUCGCGGGGCUGGGCUGCGCCGCCGAGGCUGAGCCGCCUGCCCAGCGACCGCCGGGCGCGCACGCUGCGCGGGAGGAUGGGCUGCGGCGGGAGCCGGGCCGAUGCCAUCGAGCCCCGCUACUACGAGAGCUGGACCCGCGAGACCGAGUCCACCUGGCUCACGUACACAGACUCGGACUCGCCGCCCAGCGCCGCCGCCGCGGACAGCGGCGCCGAGGCGGGCGGCCUGCACGCGGGUGGACAUGAGGGCUUCAGUACAACUGCCACAGAAUUGCGAGCAGCGUCCAUUCUUUUCCAGCACAGAGGCUGGGGUGCGCCGGAAGAGGGGCUGUCUUCCAAGGGUGUGCCCCGACCUGCAGCACCAGGUGGAGUGCCCAACCCAGAGAAGAAGAUGAGUUGUGGGACCCAGUGCCCGAAUCCCCAGAGCUUCAGCUCAGGAGCUCUGACCCAGAAGCAGAACGGCCUUCGGACUGUGGAGGCUAAAAGAGAUGCUAAGCGAAUGUCUGCAAAAGAAGUCACCAUUAAUGUUACGAACAGCAUCCGACAGGUGGACAGGAGUGGAAGAAUCACAAAGAACUGCGUCAACUAGCUGAGUGUCCAGCUGUAAGGGCAGGUGGACUGCUUUGACCCCCUUCAUGCACUGCAUCCCAUCAUGGAACCUGGAAGAAGCAGGUGCCCCUUGCUGAAUGUGAACACUGCUGAGUGCCUUGAGAGACUGUCAUGCCUGGCAGCCAACAGCUGGCUGCCUGAGCCAAUGGGUCGUUCACAGCUGCCUACUUAUCACCUGAAGUGUUGGUGCAGUACUCGCACUUGGUAAUAAACCACCAGUGUUCCAUUCAGUUCGCCUCUUUGCGACUCCUGCAAUGUGGUCUGAUGGAAGAGUGGUGAGAGAAAGCCACAGGCCAGUGUAUGAAACAGAGGAAAGCAGGUUCCCCAGGAGAGAGGGUCACACAAAGUUUGCUGGCCACAGGAACGUGCGCUGUCUCAGGCAGGCUUGUGCUCUUGUUCUUUCUUUUGAAUACCACCAUCACAAAGCCUGCUGUGGUCACUUAAAAGUUGACUUUGACCCACCUUCAAACCCAAAUCUAUGAGAAAUCAGGAAAUGGGAAAACUCCUUUCUUGUUUCCUUAGCUCAGUAUGAGACAGAUUCAGAUCCAGUUUCACUCAAACUAACACCAUUGCACCCAUGGUGACUUUGGGAGGUCUCUAUAAUGCAGUCACAUCCAUUUCUCAUUUGGUCAGUGUCCCCCAUGCCGGCGUCCUUGGCAGCUUCUGAACCAUGAUACCGUGGUCACUGUUGUUAAUGCAUUCAGCCUAGGACAACCCUCAGGGCUCAGCCAGACGUGGCAUUCUUCAUAGCUCCCCGGGCUGCUUUGCUUCUAUUCUUGAGUGUUUUCUCUCUCCAGACAGGUCAUUUGCAAUUGUUAAUCAAAGACGGACACCACUCACCCAGGGAGGUACUCUGGAAUGUGUUGGCAGUGCACACACUUCCCUUUGGCCUCUCUGACCACAGCCCCAGGCUAUGUCAUAGGUUAUCUGCAAAGAAUCACUUCAGAAAGCCAGCACCUGGUGAUGCAUAUUCACACUGACAUGUACACUGUGUUGGAAAUCAGAGGCAGUAAAAAAAUGUUUUGAUAGGAAUGACAUUUUCUAACAUUUCUUUAAACAUGUUGAGGUGGGAGUAUUUUCCUCUGAAGUAAUGUAACAUGAUUUUUACAGGACUGUUAAGAUGCCUGAGAUGGGAAAGGUAGGACCACAGUUGUACCAAACACUACCAAUAAACUCUGUGCUUAGCAGAAGUGGGCAGCCUGAUGGUGUGUGUUUAUAUAACACAGUCCAGAGAAUUGACAUGAGCACGUUAAAAUACAGAUACUCGUCCUCCUUACUGGUCAAUUCUAUAAUUCCUCAAACACAAGUGAGUAGUGUCCUUCCUUCCUUCCUUUGGUAGAUUGUAUAUUUACUCAUGAAACAUUAAACACCAGCCCUGUGUCAGGCACCUCAUGGAUGCUGAGAGGUUUGGAAUCCGGCCAGUCCCACUGGUGUAUCCUAACUCUAAAGUGGACCUAAUCACCAGGAAGUUAACUUACACCCUAAGGCAUCGUGAGUGCUGUGAGUUGCUCUGGAACGGAAUCCCACUUUUAUAUUCCAGGUAAGGUUUCUGUCUUAAAUGCCACAUCUGGGUGUUCUCUGCAUCACUAUACAAGCCUUUAUCAUAUGUGAAACCACAGUUUCCCAAACGUCUGUCAUUUUGUAAUUCUUUGAGAAAGGGCUUUUAGGGAACUUCAUGUUCUAAAAAUUUUUUUAAUAGUAACACAAAUAAAAGCAGAACCUGUGACUCACACGUCCCCAGUGGCAUUACUCAGCAGGAGCCCCCAGCCGCCAAAGGCCGGCGGUCCUGCACGUCGAAGGGCUCACUGUCCCAGGGCACACGCAUUUGUGUGUGGCGGUCUUUCACUGUCACUGCGCUGUCGGUCACGGCCCAGGCCUAGUGUCUCUUUUCUACCUUGUUGCAUCAUUUAACUCCUGCACAGUGUUUGGAAUUGAUCGACUUGCGAGGGUGACCUUGUUUUAUACAGAAACAGUUUCUGUCAUCUGGGGGAGAAGGGAAUGAAGGACAGAUGUGGUCCGCCCCUCCCUGGGACCAUCUGGAUUUCACCGAGACAGUGGCCAGAAGUCAAGCCAUGUUACUGGCAGUUUUUUUCAUGUGUGUAUGAUACGGUAACUGAUUCUUACUGUCUUAUUAGCCUAACACUUUCUAUUGCAAAGUUUGGUCAAUAAAGUCAUCAGUUUCAAACAUA